AACUGAGUGUUAAGUUCCUUGCUCACACACUCCUGGGGGUUUUCCACUUCACCUUGUAUAAAAUGUUGCAGAAGGCUAUUCUAUUCGUCAAUACUUGAAUAUCAUAUGUAGGCCUAUUCUAUUUUGAAGGUUAUGACCGGAAGUUUGUCUUUCACUUUAGACUCUGGUCCAAAAUCAUGUGCUAGCUGGAUUACCACCGUGGAGCCACUGUAACUCAAACUACAGUACAGAAGCAGCAUGUCGUGGCUCUUCGGCUGGAGGAAGGGCUCCGCGCCGCCGCCCACAGCAGCUGCAGACAAACCCGGGGAUAGGUGGAGUAACUUUGACCCGACAGGACUUGAGAGAGCUGCAAAAGCUGCGAGGGAGCUCGACAAAUCACGACAUGCCAAAGAAGCGCUGGCACUGGCUCAAAUGCAGGAGCAGACUUCACAGCUGGAGCAUCAGAGUAAAGUGAAAGAAUAUGAGGCCGCUUUGGAGCAGCUGAAGGGUGAGCAGAUCCACCUCCAGGGAGAGGAGAGACGGAAAACACUUGGAGAGGAGACAAAGCAAAACCAUGCACGAGCACUGUAUCAAGACAAACUUGCCAGACAGAGGUAUGAUGAUCAGCUCAGGCAACAGCAAUUCCUCAAUGAGGAGAACCUUCGCAAACAAGAAGAAUCAGUUAUGAAGCAAGAGGCCAUGAGAAAAGCUACCAUUGAACAUGAAAUGGAGCUGAGACACAAGAAUGACUUGCUUCGUGUUGAGGCGGAGGCCAAAGCCCGUGCCCAGGUGGAGCGGGAGAAUGCAGACCUGAUCAGGGAGCAGAUCCGCCUGAAAGCUGCUGAACACAGACAAACUGUCCUUGAAUCUAUAAAGACGGCAGGAGCAGUGUUUGGGGAGGGAUUUAGGGCCUUCAUCUCCGACUGGGACAAACUCACAGCCACGGUGGCUGGUUUGACCCUGUUGGCAGCAGGGGUGUAUUCUUCCAGGAAUGCCACAGCGGUGGCUGGGCGCUACGUAGAGGCACGUCUGGGCAAACCCUCACUGGUCCGGGAGACAUCCAGGUUAACUGUUGCAGAGGCCCUCAAACACCCAAUCAAGACAGCCAAGCGUCUGAGAAGCCGACCGCAGGAUGCCUUAGAGGGCGUGGUGCUCAAUGCAGGUUUGGAGGAACGAGUGAGGGACAUUGCCAUCGCCACGCGUAACACCAGGCAGAACAAAGGCUUGUACAGAAACAUCCUGAUGUAUGGACCCCCUGGAACUGGAAAAACACUCUUUGCCAAGAAACUGGCUCUCCAUUCAGGGAUGGACUAUGCCAUUAUGACAGGUGGGGACGUGGCACCCAUGGGGCGUGAUGGAGUCACUGCCAUGCACAAAGUGUUUGACUGGGCCAGCACCAGUAGGCGAGGUGUCUUGCUGUUUGUAGAUGAAGCUGAUGCGUUCCUGCGAAAGCGAGCCACAGAGAAAAUCAGUGAGGACCUCAGAGCCACCCUCAAUGCAUUCCUCUACCGCACUGGGGAGCAGAGCAACAAGUUCAUGCUGGUGCUUGCUAGUAACCAGCCAGAACAGUUUGACUGGGCCAUUAAUGAUCGCAUUGAUGAGAUUGUAAACUUUGCGAUACCCGGUCUGGAAGAGAGAGAAAGAUUGGUGCGCCUGUAUUUUGACAAAUUUGUGCUGGGUCCUGCCACUACAGGGAGACAGAGAUUAAAGGUGGCUCAGUUUGACUAUGGCCUGAAGUGUUCAGACAUUGCAAAGCGAGCAGAAGGCAUGUCUGGCCGUGAAAUAUCCAAACUUGGUGUGGCCUGGCAGGCUGCCGCAUACUCUUCUGAAGAUGGAGUUUUGACUGAAGCGAUGAUUGACUCGAGAGUAGAUGAUGCCAUCAAGCAGCAUGCACAGAAAAUGGACUGGCUGCUGAUGGAAGCAGGUGUGGGGGUUGGCAAGGUUGGCGUACUCCUCCCUAAGGAAAUGGCUGCCGGAAUCACAGCUCAGGAAGCCACUUCGUUUGCACAAUCCGAAGCUACAACCCCGACCAUACCACCAGUCCUUCCAAUGCUUGAGGUUGUGAGCAACGCUGCACCGGCAGAAGCAGCCACUCUGCCGUCAGAAGUGGAGGCAGAAGUUAUACUGAAAGAGGCAGCCACUUUGGUUAAAGAAAGUAAAGUUGUUGCUGCGACAACUGGAGGAACAGUAGAAACCAUUGUUGAGACAGCUACUGCUGUUCAGUUGGUGCAGGAGGUUGAGGCCAUCAAGGAGCUGACUGAGGAGGUUCUAGGCACAGCUGUAGCUACAGACACUGUUGUUCCUGAGGUGAAGGAUAUAGUGACUGAAGCUUCCACCAUCCAAGAAACUGCUGCUGUAAGUAAAGAAGAGCCAGCUACUGAUGGAGCUGCACAAGAGACUGAGGCCACGGAAAUAGUCAAGGAGGAACAGGAUGUUGUUGCACACCUGGAGACGACAGUCUCUGCUGUUGCUCAGCAGAAGGAAUUGGACGCCGUUGUAUCUAAUGUCAUCCAGGAGUCAGAGGCUACAGUAGUCAAACUCUUCCAGGAGACUGUUGUCCAGGAGACUGAGUCAGCAGCCACGUCCGUUGAUGGUGUAGAAACUGAAGCCACUAAGGGUGCUGAGGAAGCAGUAAGUGAUGCUGCAGAGGUUGCAGAGGAAAUUGCAAACAAUGUAGCUCAGGUGACUGAGUCCUUGGCAAACACUGUAAAAGAGGCGGAAGCAAAAGCAACUGAUGUGGCCAAGGCGGCUGAUGCUGCUGCAGCCAUCACUGAGGAGACAGAUGUAGGGGUCACCAGGGAGGUUGAAGCGAUAGAAAGGGAUGUUGUCAAGGACACAAAUGAGGUGGUAGUGGAAACUGAGUCUGAAACACCAGAAGUUACUAAAAAGGUUAAAGUGGUGACAAAUGUGGUCAAGGAGUCCGGGAGUGUUGCUACAGAUGUUGUUAAGGAGGUCGAACCUGCAAUGACCGUGACUGCUACUAAGGAAGCUGAAGUCAUCUCAACAGAGACUCAGAUGACUGCCAUUGAGUUUACGGCAGAAGGUCAGCCUUUACCUACAGAGGUCAAAGCCAAGGAAGCCAAAGUCACUCCCGCAGAGGUUUCCCAGGAAGCAGAAGUCCCAACAAUCAAGGAGGCUGAUGCUAUGGCUACAGAGGAUUUGAAACUGCCCGAGACUACUGAGGUUGCUGCCAAGGAAGCUAAGGCCGAAACAACAAAAGCUGCAGAGGAGGAAGAGACUGUAGUAAUUGAAGUCACAGAUGAGAUGAACCCAGUAGCUGUUCCCAACAUAGAAACCAAGGUAGAUACAGAGACUGUUCUGUCAAAACAGUCUGAGAAACUUGAGAGUCCGGGGUCAGCUGCCUAUCAGGCUCCCAGCGUUGAAGAAGCUGAACCCAGUCAAACUGAGAAGCUUCCUUCAAGCAAACAGAGUGGAGAUGACAAUGACAAACCAGAAGCCAAGUCCAGUCCAAAAUGAUCACUCGAAAUCUUUGAUGAAUUGUAAUUCACACCUGAGCUGUAAGUCUGAAACAUUCACCUUGAAUUCUGUCUGCUCUCAAUGUUUGUAACUCACUCACUGUGAAUGCCAAAAUUUAGGUAGUAGUUUGAUUUUGGCCUUUAGGUUUGCAGGACUCUCAGUAAAAGGAUGUGUGAACCACCUUUCUCUCUUCUGGUCACGGUUGCCAUUUUCAAAGUCUGUGUCUGUUUGACAUUUUGAAAAGGGAUGUUACCGGUAAGACUGGCAAGAGUUCAAUUACAUGUCUGCAAAAUGUUCGUUACGAACGUUUCUUCCCUAGCACUUCUUAGCAAGACCGCUGGUGCAGAUGGAGACCCGCCCAUGACAAAAACUUUGGCACCUUUCACGUAGAAUCACUGGGUUCUGCCAGACCAUUAUUUAAAUGCAGUUUGGACACUAUGUGACACUAGGUCCACAGUAACCCAGCUUCCCAAAUAAAACAGUUUACAUCAGGUGUUUGAUAUGUGUUUUGUCUACUGAUACUAGCCAUACAGGUGUUAUACAAACAUAGUGCUGCUGGUCCCGGUGACAAAAAAAUGCACCAACAUUGAUACAGUUUGUAUUAGUGCUGAAAUGUUUAGUUGACAACAGCAACAUAGGUAAUUAAUUACCUAUUAACACUGGUUUCAGCUUUUUAAAUGUGAGGAUGUUUGCCUUUUCUCAGGUUUAUAUCACUCUAAUUAUAAUAUCUUUGGCUUUCAGACAGCUGGCCAGACACUACAAACAAUUAAAAGUCGAAGGCUCUAGAAAAUAGCUGGGACUUAAAUAGUUUUAAUGAAAAUAAUCAGUUUCAGUUGUAGUUUAUAUUUUAAAACAAUAAUUAAUAUUGUGAAUAUCUGUGACUGGUAGUAAUUUGGGACUGUCCAUGCAGAUUGAAAAUGUAUUAUGUAUUUGCUAUAGAAUACCAAACCAAGGUAAUGCCUUCACUGUCACUGGAAUGUGUCCUGUUGUGCCAGUGGAUAAUAGUGGAUUGCUUUUCUGAGUUGCAUCAGGAUGUCAUUGGCAUUGUUAGUCAUUGCAGAAGUGUUUGUCAGUGCUUAUGAAAUUUCUGGAAUUAUAAUAAACCAAACUGAAGUUGUCA